AUGGCUGGCCUUCCUCGAGCUGCAUUUCCCUCGCAGCUUCUCGCCCUCGCACGACACAAUGCACCCUUGUGUCGCCGCUUUCACUCCUCGCCCUUGAGGGCCGCCGUCGCACACCCCGUCACUGCCCAUGGCCCCCCACCCAAACCUCCUGCGCCAUCGCCGGAUUUCAAGAAGAAUGCCGAGCAGGUGAAAGAGGCUGAAUCUGCACCAGCAAGUGAAACACAAUCACAACCCACGAGGGCUUCCGUGUCACUGAAGAAGCGGUUCUGGAAGAAUGUUCACGUCCAUGGGAAGCCCGGCGAGUACCAAGUACUGCUGGACAAGCGACCCGUGAGAACGCCCACCAAGGAAAUCCUCACCAUCCCCGCUACGAAGCCUCACCUAGCGUACGCCAUCGCUCUGGAAUGGGAUGUGAUGACCUCUGCGCAACAGGCCCUGAAGAGCCAUCUGAUUCCCCUGACCUCCCUUUCGGCGCGCGCGGCAGAUAUCUUUCGGGAGGAUGCUCAGGGCGAUAGCACUACCCGCGAACAGAUCAUCACGACUGCCAUGCGUUAUUUGGACACCGAUACUCUCCUCUGCUGGGAGCCAGAGCGGACGAAUCAUGUACUAGACCGCAAGGUUGGCGAGGAGAAGACCGAGAGUCUUCGAGAAAUUCAGAUGAGGAUUGCCAAGGAUAUCAUGAGCUUCCUGUCUACCAAGGUCUGGCCCGGUCUUGAGAUCGUGCCGAUUCUUGACACGGAGAGCAUUCUGCCUUUGUCCCAACCGCAGGCGACCAAGGACAGCAUCCGCACUUGGGUCUCGGAACUGGAUCCUCACGACCUGGCCGGUCUGGAGCGAGGCAUUCUGGCCUCCAAGAGUCUCCUGGUCGCGGUGCGCCUACUGGUCGAGUGGAGUGAAAACUUCCGUCAUCUUCAAAAUCACGAGACCAAAAAGUUUGGUCUUGAAGAUGCCGCCGAGGCCUCGAGUUUGGAGGUGAAGUGGCAGACGGACAUGUGGGGCGAGGUAGAGGAUACUCACGAUGUUGACAAGGAGGACCUGAAGCGGCAGCUAGGAAGUGUUGUCAUUCUGGUCAGCGGAGAGACUCGCUAG